AUGCCACCAAGACGUAAUGCGCCUGCGGAGAACGAGAAUAACCUCUCGGCGAUAGAUCGGAUGGUUCAAGCCAUGGAGAGGAUGGCUGAAUUGAUGCUGGUUCAGCAAGCUCAAAACCAACAUCAAGGGCAAUCGAGAGUAGACUAUGCCAAGGCAAUAGCCAGCCGACAACCACCAUCCUACGCGGGCGAGAAGGAUCCGGUAAUUCUGGAAGAAUGGAUCCGAACCUUCGAUAAGUUACUCAACGCGGUGAACUGCCCUGCGAACCAGCGAGUAUCCUCGGCAGUGUACUACCUGACGAAGGCUGCCGACAAUUGGUGGGCGACAGUUGGACCAACUCUCCUGCAAGACCCAGCUUUCGGUUGGGAGGAAUUCAAGGUGGAACUAAGGGAGCAGUUCUACACUGAGCGCAUUAAGGGAAUUAAGUGUGAGGAAUUCCUACGACUAAGACAGAAAGGAGCAACCAUCCAAGAGUACUACGACCAGUAUGUCGAGCUGAUGCGGUUUGCCCAGGAGAUUGUGCCGGAUGAGGCAAGUAAGGCAAGGAGGUUUGUUCGGGGAUUGGACUGGAGUAUACGAGGAAUGAUUGCACCUUUCAUGUGCGCCACGUUGAAGGAAGCCUAUGACAGGGCGUCGGAUCAUUAUCAGGUUUACCUGGACCAACAGGAAGCCUAUGGCCGAAACAAAAGGAAAGCCGACGACAACUCUCGGAAGUUUCAAGCGGGAAACAAGAAAGCCAAUCAGGGCGGCUUUAACACGGUGCAAGGGAGAGGAGGAUUCGAUAAGGGGAGAAGAUCUAAUUGCCCGAGGUGUGGAAGGGAUCACCCCGGUGAGAACUGCCAGGGGAUGAGGACCAGAUGUUAUCAGUGCGGCAAUUUUGGGCACAAGGCCGCCCAGUGCCGAAGUCAGGGAAACAGUCCCCAGAAGCCCCUGCAAAAUGAAAAUCAAGGACGGAGAUUUAACGGGAAUAACGGCUGGAACCCCGCAGGAGCCGGGGGUCAGAAGAAUAACUCUCCAUCUGGGAACUCGAUGAAUGCCACGCCUGGUUCUAACCACAAGGGGAAGCAAGUGGUGGGAGAGAGCAGCGGAGCGAAACAGGGCAGGAUCUACGUCAUCAAUAGCGCUCAGGCUCAGUUAAGGCCUACGGCCAAGUUAAGUCUCAACGUCGCAACAGCUUCAGGAGUAGUAGUAUCCUGUAAGGAUGGUUACGAUGACGUUGCAAUAGAAAUAGCGGGAUUUAACUGUCCCGGGAAUCUCGUUCGUUUCGAACUUGAAGGCCUCGAUGUCGUACUCGGAAUGGAUUGGCUGGACAAGUACAAGGCUCAGAUCGUAUGUAACGAACGAAAGGUUGUACUUCAAGGACCGAAGGGAAAGACAAUAUCCUAUCGAGGAGUUGACAAACAACCCGAGCCGCGGUUGUUGACGAUGCAAGGGUUAAGGAAAUACGUUCGCCAGGGGUGCGAAGCAUAUCUCUGUUUGAUACAAGACGCCGAGGUGGAGGAACUCGAGAUAGAUCAAAUCCCAAUAGUGCGCGAAUUCCCUGACGUAUUCCCUGACGACCUCACCGAGAUGCCACCAGAGAGGGAAGUGGAGUUCACCGUCGAUCUCGUACCAGGCACCUCACCUAUCUCAAGAGCACCUUAUCGCAUGGCUCCCAAGGAGAUGGAAGAAUUAAAGGCACAAUUGGAGGAGUUGUUGGAAAAGGGAUUCAUUAGACCAAGCGUAUCACCUUGGGGUGCACCGGUGUUGUUCGUGAAAAAGAAAGAUGGAAGCUUGUGA